AUGUCGCCCGGAUGGUCAGAGCGGGACCCGCGCGUGUCACUCUACUCCACGAUGUCGCAUUCCGGGAGUGCUGAGAACCUUUUGGCGAACCUACGCGGGUUUGAGCGCUUUGCGGAGCAGAAAGCGCCGUCUCCGUUCGACUACGAGCACCGACCUCUCGAGGACGAAGAGGAGGUCCUCCGCGCCGGAGUCGACGCGUUCAUCUCCGCGCCGUCGCCGUCGGGCAAGGGGAAGGAGCGCAUGUUUGUGGAUACUUCGCGGACAUCGCGGACCGCGUAUUCAGACUAUGACCGGCAUGGGCUUUCCCGCGCCUCGUCACCUGCCUCUCCUUCUCUGACGCACAGCAGCACGUCACCGCUGAGCUCGCCGUCGCCGUCGACCCCCCACCACUAUUCGACGUCGUCGAACUCGUCGACCGGAUUGGGCCCCCCGAGCGAUCAUCGGACGCGCUCGACAGGAGCUGCUUACGUAGGCAAGAUGGCAGCUCACGCUCGUUCGGGGUCGGCUUCUAGCGCGGGCUCGCAUGUGCUCCAGCGCGGGAACCGCAGCCUCGCCGCGUCCACGUCCCAGCCCUCCAAACAAGCGCCGCCCACGCACACGCACCUCGCACCUUCCCUGUCCAGGCGUCAAUCCCACCUCCAGCUCUCGUUUCAGCCACUCGCCAUCACCGUCGACCCCGAUGUCGACGAUCGCAAGCUGCCAUCACAGCCCCGCACCGCGCACCCCAUGUCGUCCGCGGAGCUCGCCUCCUACCGUGCUUUUUUGGCCAAACGAGCCGAGGACUGUGCGAAGGAUCGCAUCGCGUUCGCCUCGAUCGACCAAUUGCAUCCUAACGUGAAUCCUCGUCCGCGUGUCAAAGCCGACCAUGCCUUCCUCGACGACGCAGACAGCGACUUCUCAUGGGAGGCUGCUUCCUUCAUGUCUGCUCCCUCGAACCAGAAUGGCAGUGCAGUGCAGGGAACGGCAGUCGAAGUUCCGCAGCAUGCGCGAUCUAACCUCUCCACGCACAUUCAGUAUGCAGAUGCAGCUUCUCACGAGGACUCCGGUCGUGCUGCGGACGAGGACACGGUCUAUGCACUGCAGUCGCUUCGCUCCAACAUCCGGUCUCACCUCUCGCGCGAUCGGCAUCUCUCGGACACCCCAACCAGCACGGACAGCUUCAUCGACCUGUACGAGUCCAUACCCACGACGAGACCCACUCUCACACCUAUCGAUACCCUCGGCACCAAACCAGCACCGCAUCGGUCGGACAACACGCUGUCCGUGUUCGAAGACGAGCAGGCCCUGCGCGACUUUCUCCCUGACUUUCUCGACCUGGGGCCGGAUGGCGAUGCUGUUUCGAUGUACGGCGACCGGGAGAGUGCCCAUGGCCUCAGCCUGCCUGCGUCUAUACCGGAAGAUAUGCCGAGCCCCUCUCACCCAAGAAUGCCCUCCGAUUCGGGCACGGACAGUUCGUACUUCGACUUCGGUGACGAGGACAGCGCCGACCCCAUCCUCGCGCCGACCCCUGUCCCUGGCACCCGCCCUCGCAAGGUGCACAGCACGCCUGAGCUCGCGAAGCGCAAUGGCUCCGGCUCGUUCCUGCGCCCCUCGCUGAUGACGACGUCACAUUCCCUCGGGUCGUCUAACGCUGUCUCGCACCUGGACAUGUCCCAGGACCGUUCUUUCGCUCCCUCAGCGGGACGCGAUGCAUCCGCAGUCGACGACCAUUCUCUGAAGAUGUCAUACGCACUCGCGCGCUCCCCUCUCGAGCGUCUGCAACACGUGUUCCAGAUGCAGCAGGACGAAGGCCCGAGCUCUUCUACCACCAGCCUCGCGUCUGCGCACGACCGCCCGCCCGGAGCUCACCGAAUUCGACUGAGGAGUGAAACGCUCGAUGAAGGCAGGAGCUUUCGGACCAACGCACUUGGCUCGUACGGCGGUCCCGCCCAUCCGCACUCGUCUGCAGGCGGCGUCCCCGCUCGUGGCCACAGGCCUUCUCAAACCCUCGACGGCGGCGCGCUCCCGCCCCGUGAUUCUAAACCGAGCUCCUCGGCGACUCGGGAUUUCUCGCUCCCUUCGCGCGUGAAGCCUCCUUUUCCAUUCGAAGAGAACGGCUCGUCUUCCUCUCACAGCGGGCUGAGCCGCUCGCACUCUACCCAGUGGUACGAUUCCCCGCCAACGAGGGGCGUUCGCGUCGAGCGGACAUCACCUUCGCGCCCCACCCUCUACUUCUUGAACCAAGUGGACGCCCCUGUUCCUGGUUCAAGGCCCUUUGAGCUCUUCGACAACGGCGCAUUCGAGUCACCUCGCAAGGCGCCGACGCCGGGGCCCAGCAGAUACGUCCCGGAGCCGUCCACCCCGCGCCGGCUCGCGCUCCAGAAGUCGCUGCCCAGCCUGCUCGGCGCGAGCACAUCGUCGCGGGCGGCGUCGGCGGCAGCAGCAACGGAGAAGCACAGGGACGCCCUCAGGGCGGAAGAGCAGCCGCCGGCGCGUCCUGUCGCGUACGCGCGGAGCAGGCCGCGCCCGCCUUCGCCCGAGAUGGCGUACGGCUUUGCCCUGAGCCCGGCCGCGGGCUUCAGCGUGGCGCAGCUCAUGGGCGCGCGCAAGGCGAAGCCGCGCUCGCUCGCGCGCAGCGCGUCGACCAAGGGCUCCGUGUCGAGCGUCGAGUCGCACCUCUCGCCGCCCCACUCCGCCAACGCGUCGGAACAGAGCUUCAAGUCGUUCUUCACCGACGUGCCGGAGAAGAAGCCGCAGAAGAAGAGGCUGUUUGGGAUGAUGAAAAAGAAGAGCGUCGAGUGGAGUUGAUCUCCUCGGUGUGUCGGUGUGUCGGUGUAUCGGUGUAUCGGUGUCGGGAAGGAGGGGUCGUCGAUCGGCCCGAUCCCACGCCGGCACUUGUCCCUUCGCGUCUGCUGUCUCUCUCCGCCUGUUUCUCUGCCCUUCGCGUCUCUUGUUCCCCUUUGUUUCCUUCCUCGAUAGGGAUCGUCAUGCGACUGUACGCUCGAACUCUUCACAAUCUAACUGCUUUCCGACCUAACUCGCUCGCUCGGUCGGUCGCCUGCUCUGCUCCACACAGACUAUCAUCAUCGCUCAUUUAUUUCCAUCUCGUGCUUUUCCGGGACGCUUGCGUAUUAGUAUAUACUCGGACUUCUUCACAGCACGUAUUGACUUUUAACUCCCUGCAUUUGUUAAUCGUGUAGUACACACUGUCGUUAAUUUCGCAUACCAUCCUUCGCUACCCUUAGAAUGCUAGCGCCGUUCUUCUUU